CACGGAUAGAUACGCCACAUGUAUAAACACUUACCCCUCUUCGUCAACACUACCACUGCUUCAUUUCCUCUCUCUCUCUCUGAUCGCAUAUACAUUCAUGUUCUUAGGGUUUUUGGUUUCUCUCUCCGUGUGUACUACAGCUCUGGUUAUUUAUGUAUCUGCUUUCUCUCUCUAGAAAACUUGAUGAGUAGACUAUAAUGGAGACAGCGCCUGUGAAGUCUCAGCCUCUUCACAACUUCUCUCUGCCGUUCUUGAGAUGGGGCCAAAAGAACCACAUCAACGCCAAUCACCGCCUUCGCAGGCCCUUUGAGUCCACUCGCAGCUCGCCGGACCACCAACGAUUAUCGCCGGCUGAACCGGAUUCCGAGUCCGAGUUGGAGAAUCGGAAUAAGCCUCCGGUGGGAUCAGAAACCGCGCGGAACAACCGGUUUUCAUUUUCUCCAUGCUCUGCGCAAAAACAAAAACAGAACGCCGUCGUUUCAGACAGAGAGUCUAACAAAGAAGCCGAUGUGGAGAAUGUGUGUGGUGAGGUUGGUGAAGGGGAGGAUUUGGUGGCGAAGCCGUGGAAUUUGAGGCCGAGGAAGACGGCGACGAAGGUAGCGGCGGAGGAGAUCGGAACGGCGUCGUUGAAUAAUGGUAAAUUGCCGGAACCAGGUUCUGCAGUUCUAGCAAUUCCUGCAUUUACUGAGGCUCAUAAGGUGCCCAAAUCGCUUAGGCUGAGAGGUUUUGUAGAAGGACAGUGCUCUGAGAAGAAGGAAAAGAGGAAGUUUUGGAUCUCGUUGUCGAGGGAAGAGAUUGAAGAGGACGUGUACGCAUUGACUGGAGGGAAGCCUUCUCGGAGGCCCAAGAAGAGGCCGAAGAAUGUACAGAAAGUAGUCGAUAAUGCUUUCCCUGGCUUUUAUUUGGUAGGGGUUUCAGCUGAUUCUUACCGAGUUCAUGAAGCUGUGAGGAAAUGAUACCACCAGUUGAAGCUUGAAUUCUUACUCUGGCAAAGGUUCUCUCUGCGCGGUGUUUGUAAGGUUUAUAUAGCUCAGGGUUGCUUAACUUGUGUUGCAGAAGUUUAUAUGAAGGCAAACAAUUGGAGGUCCGAAAGCCUGCUUUUUUGGUACAUUGAGGCCUCAAUAUGGACUGAAAUAUGAAAAGGGGGGAGGAGAUUUAUCAUCAAGAUGGAAAUAUAUCUAUUUUUUUUGCUUCAUCUUCUACUGUGUGUCAGCUCGUCAUUAAGGUAGCAUAGUUUAGUUGUUUUCUUCUUUUUAGUAGUUAAAGACUAAUGCAUGGAUAUGAAUAUGAAUCAAUAGAGAGUUUGAAAUUUUUUUUCGUUUGAAACGGGAUUGGUCGAGGUCUUAUGGGUGAAAUGCUGUUUUUAAGAUAUAGAAAUUCUGGUUUUGACUAUUUUCAUAAUGUUACUUGACAGGCUUCCCGACUCUGUUUGGGGGCAGAGCUUAUGCAUGUAGUUAGUUUGCAAACCUGAAAU